CCGAAGUGCCACGUUGGGUCGGGCUGCGGCUGUCGGAGCCGGCUCGGGGUGCGGGUCGCGGCGCUCGAGCCGGGCCGCGGGCCGUUGGGGCCGUCGCCAGCCGGGAAGCCGGUCCGUGGCGCGCGCGUGUGGGGCCGCCCCGCGGCGGGCGAGCGGCUCCGAUCUGGCUGCGCGGCGGCGGCGCGUCCCGCUCGAGGGCGGCUCUGGCUGAGGGCGGAGGGGCCCGCGGGGAGCCGGGGGCAGCGGCCGAGGCUGGACCGCGGCGUCGGGGGCCGCUGCCCCCGGAAGGGCCGAGCGAGAUGCUGUCGGGGAGCCUGAUGGAGGAGUUCGAGGUGAAGGAGGACGAGCGGUGGUACGACCCCCAGGACCUCCAGCAAGAUCUUCAGCUUGCUGCGGAGCUUGGAAAGACUUUGCUGGACCGCAACACAGAGCUGGAAGAGUCACUCCAGCAGAUGUACGCCACCAAUCAGGAGCAGCUUCGGGAAAUCGAGUACUUGACCAAGCAGGUAGAACUUCUGAGGCAGAUGAAUGAACAGCAUGCAAAGGUUUACGAGCAGUUAGAUGUCACGGCACGGGAGCUGGAGGACACCAAUCAUAAGCUGGUCGCCGAGAGCAAGGCUUCACAGCAGAAGAUCCUGAGUCUCACGGAAACAAUCGAGUGUCUCCAAACCAACAUUGAGCAUCUCCAGAGCCAAGUGGAGGAGCUGAAGGCAUCAGGCCAGCGGACCAAGGGCCAGGGAAGGAGCGAGCAGGAGAAGUGGGAGCCCAACUUCUCCUCCCUGAAGGAGCUAUAUGACCUCCGCCAGCACUUCGUGUACGACCACGUGUUCGCCGAGAAGAUCACGUCCCUGCAGAGCCAGCGCAGCCCCGAGGAGGAGGAGAACGAGCAGCUGAAGAAGGCGGUGGCGGCGCUGCAGGCGCAGCUGGGCGGCGAGCGGCGCAAGCGGCAGGCGGUGGAGGAGGAGUACGGGCUGGUGCUCAAGGAGAACGGGGACCUGGAGCGGCAGCUGGGUGCGGCCGCCGCCUGCCGCGCGCGGGCCCGCGAGCUGGAGGCCGAGGUGGCCGAGCUGCGGCAGCGCCUGCAGGCCGAGCACCCGCCGGCGCGCGGGCUGGAGAAGCUGGUGCCCGACGCGCUGUUCCUGCCGUGCCGCGAGCCCGGGCCCAGCCUGCUGGAGGAGCUGUGCCUGGCCGACGCGCCCCGCAAGCCGCUGACCCGCAGCAGCAGCGAGACGCGGCUCAGCGGCCUGGCCGGCGGCGGCGGCGGCGGCGAUGUGCUGGCGGCCCACGAGGACACGUGCGUCCGGCGCGCGCAGGCCGUCCAGCAGAGGGGCAUCUCGCUGCUGCACGAGGUGGACACGCAGUACAGCGCCCUGAAGGUCAAGUACGAGGAGCUGCUGCGCAGGUGCCAGGAGGACGCCGCCGACGGGCUGGCCCACAAGGCCGUGCAGACUCCCGGGGCCCUGGCCAGGGAGCCCGCGCCCAGCGCCGCCCCGCGCUCCCCGCCCCGGCCGGCCGCCGGCACCCCCGACCCGCUGGGCUCCCCGGCCACCGCCGACGCGUCGCCCCCCGAGUACAAAGCGCUCUUCCAGGAGAUCUUCAGCUGCAUCAGCAAGACCAAGCAGGAGAUCGACGAGCAGAGAACCAAGCACCCGGCGCUCUCCUCCCACUCCUAGCCGCCCCUCUGCCCGGCCCCCCUGGCCCGGCGGGCGC